CUCAUGCGCGAAGCGCAAAAAUGAGUCGGCUGAAAAAUGGCUUAUAUUUAUCACAUAUUCCACCCAAUACGAGAGUCCAUUCUAUUUUCUGAUUUUGUCGUGAACAAGUCGCCUGGCGCCCAGCGGAACUUCUGAUUAGGAUCUGUGUUAAGCGCAAAUAAAAUUCUAGUUAAACGUUAGAGCGCGCGUUCCAAUCCCCCCAACGUAAUUCCACUCACACAUACCAACAAGCAGCAGCAGAGGCAGCCGCAGCGGAUUAACAUUUAGUUACUCUUUCCACCAACAAAACCAACAAUAAAAAUGGCCGAUCAGCUGACAGAGGAACAAAUUGCCGAGUUCAAAGAGGCAUUCUCGCUAUUCGACAAAGACGGCGAUGGCACCAUCACAACAAAGGAAUUGGGAACAGUCAUGCGCUCCCUGGGACAGAAUCCCACAGAGGCCGAGCUGCAGGACAUGAUAAACGAGGUCGAUGCCGAUGGCAACGGUACCAUUGAUUUCCCAGAAUUCCUUACAAUGAUGGCACGCAAAAUGAAGGACACCGAUAGCGAAGAGGAGAUCCGAGAAGCUUUCAGAGUGUUCGACAAGGAUGGCAACGGCUUCAUCUCAGCGGCUGAGUUGCGUCACGUGAUGACAAAUUUGGGCGAGAAGUUAACAGACGAGGAGGUCGAUGAGAUGAUCCGUGAGGCUGAUAUCGAUGGUGAUGGUCAGGUCAAUUACGAAGAGUUCGUGACCAUGAUGACAUCGAAGUGAAGCGUUAAAUUAUUUCUUUUUAAGCCUUUCUAUUUGUUUAAGAUGUUGACGAAGACUGUAGCUGUGCGCAAUAACAUCGCGCCACGCUGUUGCUAUGGACCCCAGUAAAAGAUCUUAAAAACAAAACAUAAAAUAAAACAACAAAGAGUUAAGAAAAAACAACAAAAAGCAACAUGAAGCGGAGGAAUAAGAAGCAAAAAACAUUUAAGAAACUUUAAUACAAAUGAAACUUACACUUAAAUAAACGCAAAAGCAAAUGAAAAUUUAAACAAGCAAAACACCACAUGAACGAACAUCAACCAAGCCCUCAAAUAAUUACAUCCAACAAACAAAUUUGUAAUGCAACCAAACAACAACAAGAACAACAUACAAUUUAAUGAAGUCACCGUUUAAAAGAGCAACAUCUACAACAACAACUACAAUUCAAACAAGAAAAAUCGCAUGUUACCAAGAAAUACUAAACGAGAAGAACCCAGCACAAGCACGCAGUAUCGGGAGGAUAAGCAAAAGCAGCAGGCGAAAGAAAGCCUCCAGUUCCGUUUGGGCGUCAGCGCCAUCUGGCGACGACAACGAAAGCGGCUGCAUUUUGUUAUCUCAGUUUUCGUUUUAAGAAGAGCAAAAAGAAGACUAGAAUCUGUAGCUAAUGGAUAAAAACAAACUGUGUUUAGGUAUUAACAAAAUUUGUCGAUUUCGUUGCAAGAGAAAAUAAAAAAUAAAAUAAAAGCUAAACAAACAGCAAAUAAAAAUACAAAUAAAAACUAAAAACU